AUGCAUCGUCAUCACCUUUAUGAUUAUGAGCGGCUACGUUUACGUGGAAUAGAUUCGAUAUUCAGAAUCUCACAUGCUAAUGCUCAUUACGAUGUGGUGAAGACAUAUCCGUCUGCAUUCGUCGUACCAUCGUCAGUCGGGGACGAUUCAUUCCUGAAAAUCGCGAAGGGCUUCAAACAUGGCCGAUUUCCGGUGAUCACAUGGACAAGUGAAAAUGGGGCCCUGUUGAUUCGUGGAAGUGGCCUCACUACCAGCAAUGUUGUUCAGAAAAUUAAAAAGGCAAAUUUGCUUCAUGGUAGCGAAUCGGUAUCGACUCUGGGCGGAAGUCGAAUGACGCUUGUCUCUAAAGAUAGUGGUGAAGCCGGACCGCUGCACAGUACAGAAUUUCAGGAACACUAUCUUGCCCGCCUCGCGCAUGUGUCACCAUCGGGCAGUGGUGAUUUGGGAGGAACAAGUGGUAGCAUGACUAGCUUGUUAACAAUUGACAGCCUUCUCACAGCUGAUGGCAUGUCCGUGGCAACUGGAACUCCAGAUGCUCGUCGUCGUAAUCAGACCACAGACUUCGGACGGCAUUAUGCCACAUCUAUUCGGAGCAGCGGUGGGAAGCCGGGUUCCAGAGGUACGACGCGA